CCACAAUCGGAGUGUCAGAACGUUAUGUGAAAUAGCAUUUGGUACAGUGAUUGGCAUGUAUAGAAUAUUCACUUCUGAGACGGAUGUGACGUGAAUUGCGGUCAGAUUCCAAAAGUACGGAGUCAAAUGUGACGUUAAUGUCUGUCAGAUUCCAAAAAAAACGAAGUCACUCCAAGAGAGUGACUGUAGAAUAUCGUAUCUGGGACGAAUGUGACGUGAAUUGCGGUCAGAUUCGUAAAAUCCAAGUAGAGUUGAUGUACACUUGAUUGCGAGUAGCAUCGCUUCCGGUUUAGAAUUAGAUUCCAAAKAGCUAAGGAGUCCAAGUCGAGCGAAUGUAGAAUAGUUAUAUCUGGGACGCAUGUGACGUGAAUUGCGGUCAGAUUCCGAGAAAGUUGAUGUACACUUGAUUGCGAGUAGCAUCGCUUCCGGUUUAGAGUUAGAUUCCAAAUAGCGAAGAAGUCUUCAAGUUGAGCGAAUGUAGAAUAGCCAUAUCUGGGACGCAUGUCGAAGUCCAAGGAGAGGUUGCCGCAAGUAGCAUCGGUUCAUCAYUAUGCCGUGUAGGUGUAAUCCGRCUCAGGGUCCCAGGAGUGCUCUUAAGGUAAAUGACGCCUGCACGAAGGAGAGAAUGGACACGUGGAGGGACGAAUUGACACGUGACGAAGGGUCCUGGGGGCGUAGAACCGAUGCGUGUGCGAGGGAGGGGAGUUGGCAUGUGCUGCUCAGAGGAUGGAAUCUGAGUGACAGUGCCCAGAGAUUUAACGCACGUGCUCAGAGGGGGGAAUCUGAGUGACAGUGCCCACAGAUUCAACGAGUUACGAUGAACACUCGUUCCUCAUCUCUCGCAGCGACCUUGAACAGACGAUAAUGAGUUACCGACAAACACGCUUUCCUGAUGUUGGUUGAUUCAGACGGUGUCCUUGGUAACGAGUUAACGAUACUCUGCUUGGUUAGCGGCUUGCUCCGCCUCGUUGAGGAGUGUUUAAGGGUCGGUCGGUGGUGAGCGAGGAACAGUGACCUCGGUUCGGUCUGCGUGGGCAGGGCUCUGUGUCAGCAGCUUCGAGUGGAUGCGAACUGUCGUGGGUUCAGUUGGUCUUUUUGGAACGGCUUGGAAGGUGUCAUGUGUACAUGUAUACGUUAUCCUUUUGAAACGGUUGGGAAGCUGUUUUUUCAGGGAAUCUGCACUGUGUGCAUGUGAGACUGUGUGCUCGGACAGUGGUUUGUGUAAUCAGCUGUUUUUUGAGAGAAUCUGCACUCAGUAUGUCGUUUCAGUGUGGAGAAGU